AUGCCGGGCACUGCUGCGCCGCACCGACCGCGCGUGAUGGGCCCGCGCGAGCUGAUCGACGCGUGCUGCUGGGUCUGGGACACCCACGACGCCGCGCGCCUCAGCCUGGACGCCCACAUCGAGUCUUGCCUGGCGCAGCGCGGCGGCGGCGGCGGGGAGGAUACGGACGACGCCACUUUCAUUGCACAGGUGGUGUAUGGGCUGCACCGCUACCGGCGGCUACUGUCUGGCUUCCUGGACGGCUUCUUCCACGCCAAGAGCGGCAAGGCCCUGCGGACGGAUGCAACGCGCUACCGCGUCUUCGUCUAUUUGGCCGCGUUCCGCACUGAUGAGCUCGGCGCUAAGAACUUCAGGCGCCUGGUGGAAUCUCAGGAUGCCCAGAAAAUGGCCGUGCUGCUGCCCUACCUAUUCAACGGCGCCAGCCUCAGGGGCCACGCCAGGGAGGACUGGCUGAAGGCAUAUGACAAGAAGGCGGAGCCCGCCCCGCCGCCGCAGCGCGCGCGCCCGCCGCCGCCAACGCGUGAGGGGCCGACACGCGAGGAGCUCGCGCUCGAGGCCGCGCGCGCGGCGAACCGCGAGGCCGCGGCGCGCAAGCACGCGGCGGCGCGGCCGUUCAGGCUGCGCGUGCUCGAGCGGCCCAGCAACACGGCGGCGCUGCUGGAGGAGGCGGAGCGCGCCUUGGCGGAGGAGCUCGCCGUGCGGCCGCGGGCGCGGCCGGCGCCGGCGCCGGGGGCGGCGGCGGGCGCGGAGGUGCGGCUGAAUGCGGCGGCGGUGCUGCGGGAGGACGCGCUGUACAGGAAGAAGCAGGCCGCAGAGGCCCUUGAGCUGCAGCGGUACGAGUCGGAGCUGCGCGACUGCCGGGACUUUGACGCCUGGCGCCAGGCGAUGCUCGACGCCGACGCAGCCUCGGAGCGCUCGCGCGUCGACGCACUGCGCUCGGAAAUGAGCGUCGCCGCCGGUAACGCCGCAGAAGCACGGGAGGGCCUCGCGCGCGCGCGGCUGCGCGCCGGCGCCGCGGACAAGGCCGCGCGCGCGGAGCGGGCGCGGGCGGCGGGCGCGCGGGAGCGGAGGGAGUUGGACGAGAAGGCCCGGCUGGUGGAGGGGGCCAAGGCGGAGGCCGAGGCGCGUGAGAUGGCGGAAAAGCGCGACAUAAUCAUGCGUCUGCGCGCCCUGAUGGAGCGGGGGCCCGGCAGCGGCGGCGGCGGCGGGGGAGGGGCGGGCGGCCGCAAAGUGGUGGACGAGACGGCCGCGGCGGAGCGGGGCAUGAACGAGCAGAUGAGCCUGCUGGAGCUGCGGGAGCGGCUGGCGGUGGCGCAGCGGCGGCAAAGGGAGGAGGAGGAGGAGCGCCGGGCGCGCAUCCUGGCGGCCAAGCAGCAGCGCGAGGCGGCGCUGCUGGGGAAGGUGGCGCAGCUGCAGGCCAUCAGGAGGCUGGCCUCAGCGCAGGCGCACGCCCGCAAGGCCGCGGCCGCAACCUCGGAGGUCGCCGCCGCCGACACGGCGCGCCGGCGCGCGGACGACUUGACUGUAGAGCUCGCGGCCCGCCUGGAGCAGCGGCGCGCGGCGACGGCGGCGGAGCGCGCGCGGCUGGCUGCGGACGGGAAGCGGGCGCAGCACGAGCGGAUGCAGAGCGCCGCAGGGUCGGCGGCGGCGGAGGCGGCUCGCUUCAGGGAGAUGCGGGAGGGCGCGCACCGCUGCGCGGCGCAGCGCCACGUGGAGCAGCGGCGGGACGCCGUCGCGGCAGACGCAACAAAGGCGCGCGCGCAGGCUCUCCGCCAAAAAGCCAAGCGGCAGGACUGCGGGGCCCGCGCCAGCUUUCUCGCCGAAUACGACGCCACAGUCGCCGCGCUGACCGCGGCGACCGGCGCCGCCGCCGCGCACGAGCUCGAGCGGCGCCGCGGCGCGGCGGCGGCGGCGCGGGCGCGGGAGGAGGCUUUGUGGGACGCGCGGGGGCGGGACGCGUACGUGCCGUUCUCGGGCGGCCCCACCACCAUAUCUGAGCGGCUUCUGGCUGUUGGUCGAGGGGAGGGUCCCCUGGAGUGA